GCGGCCCCGCGUGUGGGAAAAUACCUCAGCCAAAGCGAUCGCGUAUUCAAAUGCUAAUUGUCGCACUAUAAAUAAGAGGCAUGCGCAGCGCGGAGGGCCUUAAGAACAUCAACAGAGACCCCAGAAAGGAAACAGUUCGCUGGUUGUUGGAUAUAAAGGCUGUGGUUCAGUUUUACGUUAAAACUACGGAAAAUGACCGCGACGAAUUUUAGCCAGGACACAGAGAGACACCCGAACGCCAAAGAAGAGAGGAAGCUGAGAAAACCGUUAAUAGAAAGGAAAAGACGGGAGAGGAUAAACCAUUGUCUGGAUCAGCUAAGAGAGACGGUGGUUGGAGUCUUUAGACUUGAUCAAUCAAAAUUGGAAAAGGCCGACAUUCUGGAGAUGACUGUUAAACACCUACAGAACAUACAGAGGAAUAAAGUUAGUGCAGAGCCAAUAUUGGACUCCGAGGCCCAGCAGAGAUACAGCACCGGAUACAUACAGUGUAUGCAUGAAGUUCACAACCUGCUGCUCUCUUGUGACUGGAUGGACAAAACACUUGGCUCUCGCCUCCUUAACCAUCUGCUCAAGUCUUUGCCCAGAGCAGCUACUGAUGGGUCUCAGCAUCCCAAACCCUGCUUUACUAGUGGCCCCUACAGCCAUAGUGACCAUGUCUGUAUCCAUGUAAACGAGGUAGACAGUUUGAGGUCAUGCCCCGCCUCCCCUGCCAUGGGUACUAGAGCAGCCCCACCCAUUAAAAACCAUGGCACCCCCCCCAUGAGCAGGCCACAUCCCACUGAGAGCCCACACCUGACAACUCUGGAAAUGUGGAGGCCCUGGUGAGAGUUUGUGCUCAUUAAUAGGGUGUGUGUACAUUAGUCUUGUGCAGUGUAUACAUUACAUGUUAUUAUUUUCAUGCUGUAAUGUAUACCAUAUACACAUACCUAUCACUUCCUGUGAAAGGUGCAAGUUUGUACAUGCUUACAUUCUCUGUGUUUGAGUGAUCUUAUUUUCACCACAUUUUGCGCAUGAGUGUGUAUGCACUAAGCAUGUGUGUGUGUGUGUAUGCUGUCUGUGGUAGACCCUCCUCUACUAUGUAUCUUAUAGAUAUGCUUGUUGGUGAGUAUGUGGGAGGUGGUUCUGGUCCAGAAUAGCUGUCUUUUUCGAACCUCAUUGCUUCCUGUCUGAAGUAAAGCCACUGUAGCCUGAAUGUAGAAGGCCCUUAUUAAUCUUCCUGUUAUUUAUUGGAUUAACACUGUAAUUUAUUCAAUUAAGUCAUAUUCAGGGCUAGCUCUUUAUUAGCUGGCUAAUUCAUAUUGUAGAGCUUGUGACCUCUAUGUUGUAUGUAAGCCUAUUAACCCAUUAUUAAUAAAUAAAUGUUUGGCAUUAA